AUGUAUCCAAUGGAUUACGUUAUCUGCCAUCCAGAUGGACAACAGCAGCAACUUUCGAGCCAUAGACAACAUUUCAACAGUUUGCCCUGGUUGCUGCUGGGUGUGCUUUUGUUGGCGGCAUUAAUGCUUCAAUUGGUUGCCGCCGAGGAGGAAACCGAAAAUGCCAGCACCGAGAGCAAUGAGAUUAUACCAAGAGAAGCCAUACAAAAGUUGGAUUUUUCGGUGCGUCAAGCUCUCUUGCGGGCCAUCGAUAAGCUGGAGCAAGAGGAGGCGGCAGAGUCAGCCAAGACAAAGAGCACGGAAAGCCCACACAUAGCAUCUACCACCCAGGCAACCAUUUCGCCGCGAGAGAAGGAAGAAAUCCUCGAGGAGAGCACAAACGAAGCUGAGACAGAGCCCGUGGUGCCCACUGUGCAAUUCUAUACGGCAACCUUCGAUGAACGUAAUGCCCAGGAGCAAUUGCUGUCCUCGUUCAUUGAUCGCUCCAAGGUGUGGAAGAAGACAACUUUGCGCAAGCAAAGUUCUCCCAUAUUGCCACUGGAGGAGGAAACGGGGCCAGAGAAUAAGCAACUAACACGUAGUGUCGAUAGUGCCUCGGGUAAGAGUGGUUCUGGUUCUGGCUCGUUGAGCAGCAAUGAGAUCUCUCAUGAUGGCAGUCAAGAGAUUAAAUUCGAGAUACGUAGCAGUAAUGCAAAAACCACUACAACGACAACAACAACAUCUACGACAACAACAACAACACCCAGACCACGUACCACACGUCGUCGCCCAACAACUACAACAACAACGACAACCACCACUCCACGUCCCACCCACAAUGAAGAUGGUGAGAACAUUGAACUGGUGGACAAACAGGACAUACGCAUACAAGAAGCUCCAUUGGUCACUGCCUUCACCGUAGAUUUGGAUGAACGUGGCACAGCCCAGAAAUUCCGUCCACUCAACUUGCCCAAUGGAGGUCAAUCUCGGCCUUUGGCCUAUCAUCAUAUUGGACCCACCAUUACCAAAUUGAGUGUAUUGGAAUCGGAACCGCCGGCAACUCCGCUGCCCACUCAAAAUCCAGCCACAUCGAGCACAACUCAAAUCACCACGAGCACAUCUAAUAGUUUCUCGACGACUCCCGCUCUUUUGGCCAGCAGCAGCAGCACCACCAGCAAUUAUAUCAAGGAACCACUGACCAACUUGGAUGCACCGCCCAGUGUCAACAACUAUUUGAUUGAACGGCAUCGUGCCCUGGAGCAGCAGAUCUAUCAAUUAAAACUCCAGGCCCAGCAGCAACAGGCUUUGAUCUUGCGGCAGUUGAAAUUGCUCGAGGAGCAGACACAGAGUCGUUUUCAGGCCGCCGCCGCCCCCAUUGCGCAACAGCAGCAACAAUUGCCGUCGCCUCAGGCACAGCAGCAACAGCAACAGCAGCAACAGCAACAGCAGCAGCAGCAACAUGGUUCGUUGGAGGCCAUACAGACUGCACUGCAACCGCCCUCGCCGGGUUACUCCAUAAGACCUUCGGUGGAAUUUAUACCUAGCACACAUACCAAAACCAUUAUCUAUCCCACAUAUCCGAUUGAACAGCAGCAAUUGCCGUUGCGCGAUGCCGUUGCGGGUCAUAAAUUUGCCCUACAGGGCAGCAGCAGCAACAACAACAACAAUAACUAUCAGAAAUUGCCAACACCAACGAAUGCAGUGCAACAAAUUUUCCAAAAUUUGCAACAAAAUUUACAAAAAGCCAAUGAAAAUGCCAACAACAAUAACAACAACAACAAUAAUGUGCAUAUACAACCCUCAAAUCAGUUUAACUUUGCACCUGGUGAGGCGUCACUAUUACAAGCUCUGCCCCAGCAUAACUAUCAGCAAUUUCAACCGCAGCAGCAGCAGCAGCAGCAACAAUUGCUAUUGCCCAGCUAUGUAACAAAUGCACUCUAUCAACAACAGCAACAACAACAACAGAGGGCACGCCACUUUCGUCAGGAAACGGGCACUGGCAACUUUGGUCUUAAUUCAAAUGUGGAAAUCCAACCUAGCAAUUCAUUUGCCACAACAAUUGUUAGCCAGCAACCAGCAAGCAGCAGUUCAAAUCUAGAGAAUCAAAAUUUCUAUCGCCAACAUUUGACGCCACAGUUGAGUAGCCGUUUGCAACAGAAUGCCCAGCAAUAUUUGCAACAGCAACAGCAACAAUUGCAGCUGCAGCAACCGAAUGGGGCAAAUGACAUCACACCCACUCUCAACCAUGGCAUCCCACAAUUCUCUCCACAAAAACUGCACUUCAAUGGGUCCUUUUGA